AGUCGAGGAGGAGCUUUUCUGCCCAGAGGCAGGAAUGAGAGAGAGAGAGGGGAAGGAGGAGGAAGAGGAAUAGGUAGGGGAGGGGAGAAUCAAUCAAUCUGGAAGAGAGAGAGAAGGGAAGACGCGGCAAUGGAGAGAGGAGACGAAAGAGUAAUCUCUUUUUUUGAAGAAGAAGUAUCACAGCCAUCAGCACGACGACGACAACAGCGACAGCGAUGACGACGACGACGACGACAAGCUUGACAGCAACGUCGACGACGGACGACGACGACGACAAGCUUGACAGCGAUGGCGAUGGCGAUGGCGACGUCGACGACGGCGAUGACGACUUGACAGCGAUGGCGGCGGCGAUGGCGACGACGAUGAAGGCGGCGAUGACGACGAUAACGAGGCCGACAACGAAUGACGACAGCAAAUAGGAUCGCGAUUGCGAUCGGGAUAGUAAGAUGAUCGUAUCCCGGCGCCAGACUCACAUCGGCAAUCAAUAAUUGCAAUAGCG